GGAAGAUUAGCAAAAUUUGAAAUUAGUUACCUGAAAAUGAUGCCAAAGACGGAAAGAAAAGGAAAGCAACAAACGAAACAGGUGCUGCUCACAACUGCGUCGUCUUCGUCAUCACCAUUAACAAAAGCCUAGAGAGUCAAAAGCCCCUAUCGACCAGGGGAGAAGAAGAAGCUUUUCAACUAUCAACCCCAAAGCAUAAAAAUCCACAGUACUCUUUAACUCAGAAAUCUUUUUGUUUGUAUUUUAUCUCUCUAACCUUCAGUUUCUCUCUCUAUAUCCGGUUCUGUAUCUGUACAUCUGGUGUCUACGCACACCGUAUUUCACCGUCUACGAUUUCGUCACCCCGUUUCUAAUUCAACCCCUAAAUCUCAUAAACACUUUGCCUCGUGUUCAAGUCUUAUAAUCUUUGUCUAUCUUUGCACAAGAUUUCAAUUUCCAAGGAAAAACCCUAGCUUUUACUCAGACCUUCAAACACCCUAUUUAAAUUUUAAUAGAUUAAUCCUAAUUUGUCCACUCUGCUGGUGCUGCAAUUUUGAGAUUAUGUAUCGUGUUUUACUUUUCUCAGUUUGACAUGCACUCUUUUCUUCUGUGAUCUGAUGCUCGGAACAGCAUGCAGAUACUAGUUUGUAAAGAUGCAAAGGUAUCAUGCUAACAGCUGCACUAGUGCAGUAAGUAAUAGCACAUUUGGUGGAGCAUCAGGUAGAGACAUCUCUAGAGCUGAAGCUACUGCAAUACCACCUAACUUCUCAAGACGAUCAUUGCAACUGACGUCGUACAAAUUGAAGUGUGAUAAAGAACCACUAAAUUCCAGACUUGGGCCGCCUGACUUUUAUCCACUGACACCUAAUUGCCCCGAAGAAGUACUCAACCGAGACUAUGUGCAAUCUGGUUACAAGGAGACAGUUGAAGGGCUCGAGGAAAUACGUGAAACAUCACUAUCACAGGCUCAGGUUUUUUCAAAGCCUGUCAUACUUAAAUGCAAAGAGGCAAUCAGAAAAUGCCACAGGACCAUCAAUGAGUCCCGGGCUAAAAAAAGAAAGGCUGGCCAAGUAUAUGGAGUGCCUCUUGAGGGUUCACAAUUGGCCAAGGUUGGCAUAUUCCCUGAUCAAAGGUCAUGUGGGGAAGAUUUCAGGAAGAGGUGGAUUGAGGGGUUAGCCUCACAACACAAGAGACUGCGGUCUUUGGCAGAUCAUGUACCUCAUGGUUACCGGAAAAGAUGGCUUUUUGAAGUUCUUAUCAGGAAUAAUGUUCCAUUGUUAAGGGCAACAUGGUUCAUAAAACUGACUUAUCUUAAUCAGGUUCGUCCUGUAUUUUCCAGUUUAUCAUCAGGGAUGCCAGACAGAACAAACUUUUCUCGUUCAGAGCAGUGGACAAAAGAUGUCAUUGAUUAUAUGCAGUGUCUCUUGGAUGAAUUUGUUACAAGAAAUACUAGCCAAACUGCUGUAAAUAUUAGAGAUCGGUCUCCACAAAUGGUUUUUCCAGGAUCAAGUCUGUCAAAAAAUGACCCAGUUGCCACCAGUUCUGAUCUUGGAGAGCCCUCACUGCAUUUUAAAUGGUGGUAUGUUGUACGUAUUCUACAAUGGCACCAUGCAGAAGGAUUGCUUUUUCCUUCUCAUGUUAUUGACUGGGUUCUCACCCAACUUCAGGAGAAAGAUUUGCUUGGGCUUCUGCAGCUGUUACUACCUGUUAUUUAUGGGUUCAUAGAUACUGUUGUCUUAUCCCAAACCUAUGUACGUGCAAUGGUGCGAAUCGCUAUUCAUUUUAUCCAAGAACCUUCGCCUGGUGGAUCUGAUCUUGUUGACAAUUCACGGCGGGCAUAUACAAUGUCUGCUCUUAUUGAAUUGCUUCGUUAUUUGAUACUGGCUGUGCCUGACACGUUUGUUGGUCUAGAUUGUUUUCCAUUGCCGCCUUGUGUGGAAAAUACAUUGACUGAUGGAGGCUUUUUCUCCAAGGUUUCUGAGGAUGCUAAAAGGGUGAAAAUGGGUUCUCUUGAAGCUGCAGAACUACUUAGGGACAGGGUACCCGAGGUCUGCUCUGAGUCUGUAUCUAUUGUUCGUGUAGUUUCUUCAAUUAAGAAAUGUGCAGGUAGUCUUGCAGAAGCUGCAAAGCCUGACCAUCCAGGUCAAAAUGUUGCCAAAGCUUUACGUGCUCUGGACAGAUCUCUUGCAAACGGGGACUUGCGAAUGGCAUAUAAGUUCCUCUUUGAGAAUCAUUGUGAUGGUAUUGUGGAUGAAAGUUGGACAGCAGAGAUCAGCUCUUGUUUGUUUUCAUCCCUUAAACAUAUUGGGGUAGCCAAUCUCUCAUUUAUCUGUGCUGUUUUUUUCAUUUUUGAAUGGGCGACAUGUAAUUUUAGAGACUUCCGUUUUAGUGCGCCAGACGGAGUAAAAUUCACUGGUAGAAAAGAUUUCUCUCAGAUAUGCAUUGCAGUGCGGCUUCUGAAGCUAAAUAUGAAAGAAGUGCAAAUUUCAAACCAGUUCAAGAAUGAAAAUGGUGUGAAGAUUGAGAAUGUUGGAAAAGAUUUAGGUCAGCAGAAUAACCAUUGCAGAAGUGUUGGUUAUGGUGUCAGCGAAUCUUUCCAAAACAUAAAGAGCGGGGUUGGUAAAAGCAAGGAUUUUCUACGUUUUUUUGAUAGUCCAGGCCCUUUGCAUGAUGUUAUUGUUUGUUGGAUAGAUCAACAUGAAGUUCAAAAUGGAGAUGGCUUGAAGCGUCUUCAUUUACUUAUCGCAGAACUUAUUAGGGCUGGGCUCUUUUAUCCCCAAGCUUAUGUUAGGCAGCUGAUUAUUAGUGGGGUAAUGGAUGAUAAAAUACCAGGUGUUGACCAAACAAAACGGAAAAGACAUUGUAAAAUCUUGAAGCAGCUCUCUGGUCCUCAUGUGUAUGAUGCUCUUCUUGAGGCUCAAAUUGCUGAACCGCGUUUACUUUCAGAGUUGAUGGAUAUUUAUUCCUCUGAACGUCGGUUGGUGCUUCAUGGGGCACUUGACCAUUGUAAAAGCCCCAGUGGAGCAAACACUUCACUCAUGAAACGUAAAUAUCUUGAUUCAGGUGGUGAGAGUGCUUUGUCUCCAUUUGUUGAGUGUAGAUCUGUCCCAUCAGCGCCAAGUGCUCCGCCAAAAAGUAUGCACUCUGUUGAAGCUGAAGACCUGAAGAUUUCAGUUUGUGCGGUGUUGCAAUUUCCUAGUUCGGUAUUAACUGAAGCAGGCCUCCAUGAGUAUCAGAGAAAAGUUACGAAGCAUGUUGUGCCAACUAGUAAAGAUUUUAUUGAAGCAACACCUGGAUGUGAAGAGUGUAGGAAAGCAAAGAGACAAAAGUUGAGUGAAGAUAAGAGCUUACUUAAAUUUUUUCCACAGAUUCCAUCAGAUGAUGAAGAGAUUUGGUGGAUAGGGAGGUGUCAAAAGCCUGUGGAGUCUUUUAAAAUAGACCCACCUCCUAAGCCAACCAAACAAUCCACUAGGGGUCGGCAAAAAAUUGUCCGAAAAACUCAGAGUCUUGCACAACUUGCUGCUGCCAGAAUUGAAGGUAGUCAGGGUGCAUCAACCAGCCAUGUUUGUGAUAGUAAAGUGAGCUGUCCACAUCAUAGAUCUGGUUCUGAAGGUGAUCAAUCCAAGGUAAUUGAUGGAACUAAAACUCAAAGAUUUGCCGACAUUGUUUCAAUUGGAAAGCUACUGAAGAAUCAGAGAGUUGUGGAAAAAAGAAUAAUGACCGUGUGGUUAAUAGGUUUUGUAAAGAAGCUUGUUGAAGAAGCUGAGAAGAAUCUUUCCAAGGUUGGCCAGUAUGGGAGAUCAUUUGGUUCAGGUGAUGACCAAGGAUCUAUACAAUGGAAACUUGGUGAAGAGGAGCUGUCUAUGAUGUUGUAUCUGAUGGAUUCUUGUAAUGAAUUGGUUUUAGCACCCAGGUUUCUAUUAUGGUUGUUACCUAAGGUGCAUGGCUGUGCCUCUGCAACAAUGCAUGGCAGUAGAAAUGUUCUUGUGAUCCCAAGGAUUUCAGAGAACAAUGUUUGUGAAGUUGGCGAAUCAUAUGUUCUGUCAUCUGUUCAGAGGUAUGAAAAUGUACUUGUUGCUGCAGAUCUUAUUCCAGAAAUAUUGUCUGCAGUAAUGCACCGUUGUGCUUCCAGUAUGACAUCAAAUGGUAGAGUUUCAUCUUCACCUUCCCUGGGUUAUGCUCGGUAUCUUUUGAAGAAAUAUGGCAGUGUGCCUAGUGUUGUUGAAUGGCAAAAGAACUUCAAAUCAACAUAUGAUAAGAGACUGGCAUCAGAACUUGAAUCUGGAAGGCUUUUAGAUGGCGAGGUUGGAUUUCCACUUGGAGUACCAACCGGAGUAGAAGAUUUAGAUGAUUUCUUUCGUCAAAAGAUAAGUGGCAUUCGUGUAUCAAGGGUAGCUUUGACCAUGAGGGACAUAGUUCAAAGAAAAGUCGAUGAAGCUUUUCAGUAUUUGUAUGGGAAAGAGAGAAAGCAUUUGGGUCCCAACACAAUUAGAAGCCCUGGAUUUGAAAACUGGGAUGAUGGGUAUCAUAUAGGUCAACAAGUGGUGAUUGGAUUAUUGGAUUGUAUGAGGCAGACUGGUGGUGCAGCUCAGGAAGGUGAUCCUACCUUGGUCUCAUCUGCUAUAUCUGCAAUUGUCUGUAAUGCUGGCCAGGUGAUUGCUAAAAUUCCUGAUCUAGCUUCUAGUAGUAAUCACCUAAACUCCUCUGUCACAUCUGAUCCACUUCAAAUUGCACGGCGUAUAUUGCGAUUGCAUAUAACCUGUCUUUGCUUGCUUAAGGAAGCACUUGGAGAACGCCAAAGCCGUGUGUUUGAAGUUGCCCUCGCAGUAGAGGCUUCUUCUGCUAUAGCUCAAAACUUUUCUCCUGGAAGGGCUCCUCGCUCUCAGUAUCAUCAGUCUCCUGAAUCCCAAGAUCUCACUAAUAAAUUUGCUGCUUCUGUUUCGGCUCUUGUUGUUGGAGCAAUAAUACAGGGAGUAGUGAACAUUGAAAGGAUGGUUUCCCUAUUCAAGUUAAAAGAAGGUAUGGACGUUAUUCAUUUUAUAAGGAGUAUUAGAUCUAAUUCCAAUGGGAAUGUACGCUCAGUUGGGGCUUUCAAGGGUGAUAAUAAUUUAGUCGAAGUUUCAGCCCACUGGUUCAGGGUACUAGUUGGGAAUUGUCGGACAGUUAAUGAUGGAUUAUUUGUCAACUUACUGGGAGAUUCUUCAGUAGUUGCUCUAUCCAGAAUGCAACGAACACUGCCUUUGAAUUUAAUUUUUCCUCCUGCUUACUCAAUGUUCGCGUUUGUACUGUGGAAACCAUUCAUUCUUAGUCCAAGUCUUGGAACUCGUGAUGAUAUGCAGCAACUAUAUCAGUCCUUACUGUUGGCUCUUGGUGAUUCCUUGAAACACAUUCCCUUCCGUGAAGUGUGUCUGAGAGACACACAUGGCUUGUAUGAUCUUAUAGCUGCAGAUACACUUGAUACAGAAUUUGCAUCCUUGCUUGAAUCAAACGGUUCAGAUAUGCGCCUGAGGGCUUCUGCCUUUGUUCCUCUCCGCGCAAGAUUGUUCUUAAAUGCGCUUAUAGAUUGUAAAAUUCCACCGCACUCUGUUGGUAAACAGGAAGAUGUUAACCGGAUUUCAUCAGUACAAGGUGAUUUGAAAGUGGUAUGUGCAAAGAACAAGACUCAGCUUGUAUAUGCUUUGGACACCUUGCAGUCUGCAAGAUUUCAUUGGCAAUGGCUGGAGAUUAGACUUCUUUUGAAUGAACAAGCCGUCAUUGAGAAGUUGGAUAGGCACAAUACUUCUCUGGUGGAGGCAUUGAGGUCUCUAUCACCAAAUCCUGAUACAGCUGCUGCUUCUGAUGACGAGGAAAACUUGAUUGAGAUAAUUCUCACUAGAUUACUUGUUAGACCAGAUGCAUCCGCUCUCUUUUCUGAGGUGGUGCAUCUUUUAGGAAGGCCGCUUCAGGAUGCAAUGCUAAAGCAAGCUAAAUGGCUACUGGGAGGAAACGAUGUUCUAUCAGGAAGAAAAUCCAUUCACCAGAAGCUUUUUACUAUUGCCGUGAAUGAAGGUCUAUCAACAAAGCCUCAAUAUCGUAGGCCAUGGGGAUGGUGUGCUAGUAACAAUGAUCCCAUGUUAAACAAGGGAGAAAAGGGGAAAUUUGAUGUCUCUUCUCUUGAAGAAGGAGAAGUAAUCGAGGAAGAAACAACCUUGAAGCGUUCAGGGAGAGGUUCUGCUCAGGCUAUGGAUGUUGUCGAUGGAUAUUCUUCUGCUCACCAGCAUAAAACUCAGAGAGCUUUUGUGGAAUUGGUUCUUCUGUGCAUUGAUCAGGCCUCUGAUGACUCAAGGAACAGGUUUGCUGCUGACAUGAUCAAGCUGAUUAAUUCCAUCGAGCAGCAAAUAAACAUGGUUACUCGUGAAGCAAGCAAGCAAGCCGGAGCUGUUUCAUCUGGAGUUGAUACCCCAACAACAAAAAUGACUACUCGAAAAGGUGUUAGAGUUGGGAGUCCUGGUUUAUCCAGGCGACCCAAUCCUCCAACUGAAACUAUACCACCUUCCCCUGUGGCCCUGAGGGCAUCCAUUUCACUUAGGUUGCAGCUCAUUCUGAGAGUACUCCCUAUGAUUUGUGGAGAUGGAGAAGUGUCAGGGAGGGGUCUGAGAUACUCUCUUGCCUCAGGAAUUUUACGUUUGCUUGGAAGUAGGGUCAUAUAUGCUGAUGCUGGCCACUGCUUUAACUCAACUUUUACUUCUAAAAGAGAUCCAGAUUGGUCAAUGGAAGCUUCUGAAGCUGUCAUGGGCAAAAGCCUCUUUGAUUGUUUGUUAUUGGUGCUACAUGCGUUGCUAAGUAGCCACCCGCCGAGCUGGCUGAAGAUAAGUUCUAGUUCCAAGUCAACCAGCGAAUGUAGCAAGAACUACGAUGCCUUAGAUCGUGAUGUUGCAGAGUCCUUCCAGAAGGACUUGGAUCAAAUGCAAUUGCCAGACUCUAUCCGUUGGCGCAUCCAAACUGCAAUGCCAAUUCUCUUCCCAUCUGUUCAGUACUCGAUCUCAUGUCAACCUCCAUCAGUAUCACCUGCUGCUCUUGCUUCUCUUUUACCAAGCAACCCGAUAUCUGUAUUACAAUCAGGUGGGACCCAACAGAGGAAUCACCAUUAUCCUUCUUUACUUGGUAGGGCAGCAACCAAUUCAGCAGGGAAGGCCAAGCAGCAACAAUCAUCACAGCCCCCUCCACCACAGCAAGAUCACCAACCUGAACUUGAAUUCGACCCUUGGAUUCUUUUGGAGGAUGGGGCGGUAGGGUCAACCCAAUCAUCAUUAAACAGCUCUAACAUGGGUGGCGGGGGUAAUGAUUUGACCCAUCAGAAAGCUGCCAGCUGGCUUAAGGGUAGUGUAAGGGUACGGAGGACAGAUCUCACUUACAUAGGUGCCAUUGAUGAUGACAUCUGAUUUUGAGUUUACAUAAAUACUCGUUGUUUAUUCCUUCCGUUGAUCGAGAAGAGUAAAACUUCCCAGCUCUCCCCCUAUUGUUUCUGCUUUGCUGCUAGAAAGUGCCGUUGAGGGAGGCUAUUUUCGCCUUUAAAGACACAAGCUGGGUCCACUUGAUCAGCUAUCUUCUGGAGGGGGCACACGGAGACCCUUCGGACAUUAUUCUGGUAUUCGUUUGUUCAACUCAACUAUAGAUGGCCCUCUGCUCGAUCUGCUAACCUGUUUAUUAUGAUGCCCAGUUCCUGGACCGCGUGAUUCUUAUAUGCGGUUUGGAUGUUGUACAUAUUAAAAAUUUAUAUCAUUGUUUCCUUAUGUUGUUUUGUUGUUUUGAUAUCGGAAUUCCUACAUGAUUAAUGUACGCCUAGGAAAUGAUGCUAUUUAGAGCUGUUGUCAUUUCUUUGAAUACAUUGGUGUUGUAUUUGCCAAAUAGUUGUAAGACAAAUCAUCCCUCUAAGCAAAGGGAGGGGGGAGGGAAUAGUGGAAUAGAA